GAAGUAGGUGCCUAUUUAGUACAGCAUAUUGGGUUACAUGAUACUGCCUUGGUCACAUGAUUUAUAUACGCCCUUGUGCGGAAUCAGCAAUCGUUUAAUGCUUUGGUUCCUAUAUCAAAAGCUGUUGAUGUUUUUAGCUAGUACCCCUAUUGACGAUCACAAUCAGGCUACCUACCAAGGCUAUAUAAAAUAUACUCUUAAAUUUAAACCUACCUACCUACCUAUCUAAUACCUUAACAAAAUCAGCAUAAUGAUGUGUUGGCCAUUCUGUUUUUUGAGUUUUUAAUCUGAAAACAGCUUGCCAUAACUUUGUUUUUGUGUUGAAGCGAUGGCUGACCUGUCUCAGUCUGCUGAUGCUGAUACAAGCACUAAUUUGGACAGCAGUUAUACGGGCUCUCCGCUUGCUAAGCUAAGCAGUCGUGUGGGUCAGCUACGGGUAUGGCAGGAACAGCAGAGAGCUAGACUUAUCAGGCAACAGGAAGAGACACAACGUGUUUUUGAAGAAAAGCAGAGUGAGCUAGCUGCAUUGAUAGGCAGUCCUGGUUCGGGUGGAGGGUCUCCGGCACGGCAGGCUGGCGGAGCCCAGAGGCUUGCUAACUCUCCUGCCACUAAUUCAUCCAGCACUGCACCGGCUGACAGACAUAACAGCUGCUCGGCCACAGAGACCAACACAAUGAGCCCUCAACGGCAGUCAGAGGGUCCCGGAGCGCCGGCGGAGCACGAGGACACCCCACUGCGGCCGGUCCAGUUCGACACCCUCCUGGAGCGGGAGCUGCAGCGGCAGACGCCGCCGGCGCCGGCGGCCAAGACCGCGGCCGGCCCACCAGCCGCCAAGCGGCCGUUCCUGAAGCGCGGCACGGGUCUGCAGCGGUUUGGCCUGCGGCCCGGACAGCAGGUGCGGCUGAGGCCGGGCAGGGGGCGCGCCGGCCGCGCUGCCGGCCGCGGCGGCCGGAUAGUGCUGCGCUCGGCUCCGCGCGGUGACGGCCCGUGGCGGCCGGCGCCCGGCCGGGACCGGGUGGCCGACCCGGCCGACACACUGGCGCUGCUGGGCGACCUGCGGCACCCAGCGCGCCGCCGGCCGGCCGGCUGA